AUGUCUGUCAUCUGCCUGCUUCUAUCCACUAUGCAACAAUCCGCUUAUGGAGAUUGGAGAGCUCACCUCGAGGGUGCAAGACGCAUUAUUCAAAUGCGAGGGGGUCUGAAGGAAGUAAUCAGCAAAAAUGCCUACUUUAAGCCACUUUUGGCUUUCUUUGUUGCCAUCGACGUUAUUGCAGCCACGACGGCGCCAUCAACGCAUAAACACAUGUAUGCGGCUACGACCAUGGCGUUGCAAUAUUACAAAGUGGAAGAGGGCAUCUUUCAGUGCAACCUCGCCAUCAGCAUGCCUUGCCCCGAGGAACUGUUCCAGACGUUGAUACUCAUUAAUUAUCUCCGCGCAAUAACCAGACGUACCGACCUUACAUCGCGACGACAUGCAGGGACACGCAUGGUUUUGGAAAAGUUGCAAGGCUUCUCUGCUCCGCAAUGGGCCCUGAAAAUGAAGUACUUCAAGGGUUGGAAGACGUCCGGAGACGGUGUCCAAUUCGAUGACAAGGAAGCCCUCGGCGUCGGGGCAGCUUCCCCUUCGACUACCAGAUCGAGUUCUCAGGACACGACUCCUGGGCUCUCGGGGCCGUCGCCCCAUCCCAAGAGGGAAACGCCGGAUACGCCCGAGCCGCGGACGCCCAUCACGGACCUCUGGUUGAAUGUUGCCAUUGCCUACCGAUCAGCAAUUCUGCUCUACGCCGUACAGACCUUGAUCACGGACAUUGCAGAGGACAAGGACUUUUUGCACGCAGCCGACGGUGGUAUCCAGCCCGACGACUUGGCAGCCGUUUGUCUGGAGAGUCGACGAGCCCUCGCAGAAUGCCUCAUACCCAUCUUUGCUGACCCGACCAGCGCGCACGACUUUGGCAAGCUGGUGUACUUCCCCAUGUUUGUGUGCGGCAUGCAGCUCAAUGUGGACGAUCACAGCUCCCAGGACUGGGUGACCCGCGGGUUGGAGACGGUCGGCACGGCCUGCGGCACCCUCGGUCCCAUCUCUGCCGCCGAGGAGCUCCGCGGCUACUGGGCCGCGAGCGCAAAGUGCAACUAUGGUGAGCGCGUCACCUGGGACAAAUGGUUCGAGGGGCGACCUGAUUUCAUCUUUGGGUUCUGA